AUGAUUAUAUAUUAUAUACGAUUAAGUCGUACUCGUCAACAAGUUCUACCGUAUCCAAUGCAUAUUUUUGUCAUUGCUCAACCACAUCAACAACAAUUAUGUAAUUCUCAAAUAUUCUGGCAAUCGUCAACUGAACAAUUACCACCACCGUAUAGUUCUGUAGUUCAAUCAACAAAUACAAAUUGUAGUAUAGUACAUGAAGAUAGUCAAGUAUAG